AUGUAUAAGAUCGGUAACAUUUACUACAUUACGGCCAUCUCGGUCAUUGGAGGUGGACUGUUUGGCUUCGACAUCUCAUCUAUGUCGGCCAUGAUCAUUGGUUCAAUGAUUGUAUGCUCGUCACAGAACAUUGGCCAACUUGUCGUCGGUCGAUUCAUAAACGGUCUGUCCGUUGGCAUCGAGUCAGCUCAAGUUCCUGUCUACGUCGCUGGUAUGUCGGUACUGAAGAAUGUACAUGCUGUUGUUAACCUCGAUGCAGAGCUGGCCCAUCCAAGCAGACGUGGUCGGGUUGUUGGCGCGCAGCAGUGGGCUAUUACAUGGGGCAUCCUAAUCAUGUUUUACAUCUCGUUCGGCUGUUCAUAUCUUGACGGUGCGAAAGCAUUCAGGGUACCGUGGGGACUCCAAGCUCUGCCAGCCGCUUUCCUCCUAGUUGGACUGUUCUUUUUACCUGAGUCUCCUCGUUGGCUAGCUCGCAAGGAUCGCUGGGAAGACUGCGAGAAAGUCCUUGCACUAGUUCAUGGUCACGGCGACCCCAAUAGCCCUUUCGUCAAGCGCGAAUUACAAGAGAUCCAAGAGAUGGUCGAGUUCGAGAGACGCAACCAAGAUGUUUCUUACUUCGAGCUCUUCAAGCCGCAUAUGAUCAACAGAACCCACAUUGGUGUUUUCACUCAGGUGAGUCAAGAAGAAUUGCUAGUGGCACAAGAAUCCGCUGACUGGUUCCAGAUAUGGUCACAAUUGACUGGCAUGAAUGUUAUGGGAAACAACAAUCUCGUCGCCUCCUCUAUCCAAUAUGUGAUCAACGUCUUCAUGACGAUUUUCGCAUUGAUCUUUAUCGACCGCUGGGGUAGAAGACUUCCAUUGUUGGUCGGAAGCUUCUUCAUGGCCCUCUGGCUCUUCAUCAAUGCCGGUCUUAUGGCUUCCUAUGGUCACCCAGCACCGCCCGGUGGUGUGAACAACGUCCCGGAGGAGAGCUGGCAGAUUUCCGGACCGCCGUCCAAGGCUUCCAUGGCGGUUGUUGUUGUUAUUAUGCUGACCAUUGUUUGUCGGCUGGUCGCUCCAACUUGGGGACCCGUCUCUUGGAUCUAUCCACCAGAGCUAUUCCCCUUGCGCGUCAGAGGAAAAGCAGUGGCCCUUUGCACUGCUGCAAACUGGAUCAUGAACUUCGCGCUGAGCUACUUUGUUCCACCCGCAUUCGUCAACAUUCAAUGGAAGGUCUAUGUCGUGUUCGGCGUGUUCUGCGUCGCCAUGUUCAUCCACGUCUUCUUUUGUUUCCCAGAAACAUCCGGAAAGAGUCUUGAAGAAGUAGAAGCACUGUUCCAGCAGAAGAUUCCAGCCUGGAAGACUAGAGUGCAGUACCAGCAUGUACGUGCGCUUGAGCAGAAUCGUGCCGACGAGAAGGUCGCCGAUAUUGAAGCCAGUCCUGAGAGGGAAGCUACGACGGGUGAGAAAGCGAUCUCUUAG